AUGGGCGCUGGCGGGCGGCGGGCGACGGCGUUAGCCAUCGGGGCGUUAUAUCCGUCGGUGGCACUCUUGCCCCGAGCCUAUAAAGCCCCAGUUUUUACCUCCGCUAUCAGAUUCUACUCCACCGACAACCUUCCCCCGACUCCCUCGUCAGCGCUGACAAAGCUGGUGGUGGCUAAGCUCCGCGAGCUCUUGGUGCGAGACACCCGCAAAGUGUCUACCGGCGAGACCAUAUCUGCCGUGCUUUCCGGGUUAGUGAUGGGCAAUUUACUUUGGAUUAUCUUGGGGACAACCACUUUCGGCCUCGCAUUGAUGUCUGGUCUUUACUACUUUGACGGACUCAUCAGUGAUGAAGAUGACCCUAAACCGCUGAUGCUCCGGCAAAUGGCGAGUCAGGUGAUGUCUGUGGGGCUUGGGGUUAAUGUUCAGCUUGGCAAAAGUCUUCCUCUGUAUAAAGACGGCAAGUUGCGUCUUCUGGACUUCAAAUUAGUCAGCGACGCCACUGUCGACGGCCAACCAGCUCUUUCCGGAAGAGUGGAACACAUGGACAUCACGUUACUGUUUGGUAAAUGGUCCGAAGGCCGCGGACUUAUCCAAGCAAUGGAAAUCUUUGGGCUCAACGGCAAAUUGUAUCGUAACUACGACCAAUCGCUUGUCGAUGCCAGUUACGUAUUUGACCUGGUUAAGGUCCACGACCUGGUAUGUCGUGUAUACUCGUCCAUUGACGACCCCACUCCCCUUAAGAUCUCGGUAUUCUCUGCCGAUAUGGUCAACGUCCACGGCGACCGCCUUCUUAUGGACUUCUUUGGCGCCAAUAACGUCCUGGGCGCCAUUAACAACUCGAUGUUCACCAUCCACAAGCGCCAGACUCCCGACGGCGCUGCUGACAGCAAGCUCAUUCGGUUUAAGCUUGACGGCAUUAAUUUGGGACUGUUGGCUCGCGCCGACCCUCAAUCCAAAUUCAACUGGAUGGUGAACGGACGCGCGGAAAUCUCCGCCGAUAUCACCUUCCCGCCACUUGACGACGCUGCCACGGCGUCGCUUCCCCUGGUGUUUGAUCUGAUGAUCAACCACAUUGGCGGCCACACCUCUGACGACGACACGACGACCACCACCGAUACCCAACACCCGCUGACGCUCUUAAAGGGAGCGUUGACGGCGUUAUACCACACUUUCUCCAAGCCGGUGCCGGAAACGCUGGCAAUGGUGCCGUACGUCGUCGUCAACGUCACGGUGAAGUUCCACGAUAUCAAGGCCAGUGUCCCCAAAUACUUGCCGCUGGCAGCUCUGGGAGCCCCGUUUGUGCUGCUUCAGAACCUCCGGGCGCUUAUUCUGUGUGUCAACGGCGAAGGUGGCACGCCGCCCAACCCGAUCGUCGUCAAGACCACCGCCAUCCUGAAGGUGGACGACUUGUAUAACGUGCUGGACCUCACCCACACCCCGAUGUGGGACGCCAUCGUCGGUGACGUGUAUGACGAGCUUCUCAAGUUGGUGAAGGUAAAGGAACAACGCAUUUUGUCGCAACGGAGCCUGAUGUGGUCGCACUCGUUGGCACUGCAGCUUGUAUUGUUGGGACUUGGGGUGAUGGUGUAA